AUGAUGGGGAUCCAGCCCAACCUGCUGAACCAGCUCGUGUCGCUCCUCCUCGGGGCGUCCGUCGCCGGGGUGCUCAUCUUCUUCAUGUCCUCGGACGGGAUCGGGGCCGGGCCGUCCUCGGCCGGCAUAUCCAGCUGGGUCAAUGGAACCAUGGCGGCGCCGGUUGCUCCUGCCCAGGAGCAGGAGGCUAACCACACGAGCGCAAGCAAGGUCGACGGCGUUGCCUCCCCUCAGGAGGCCAGCCACAACACUAGCCAGGCGGCGGAGGACGAGCUGGAGCGGCUGCUGCGGACGGUGGCGGACGAGCACAAAACGGUGAUCAUGACGUCGGUGAACGAGGCGUGGGCGGCCGAGGGCUCGCUGCUGGACCUCUUGCUCGAGAGCUUCCGCGCCGGGGAGCGGAUCGCGCACUUCGUGGAUCACCUCCUCGUCGUGGCCCUCGACACCGGGGCGCUGGAGCGGUGCCGGGCCGUGCACCCGCACUGCUACCUCCUGCCGCCCCUGGUCGGCGGCAAGGACCUCUCGGACGAGAAGGUGUUCAUGAGCAAGGACUACCUGGACCUGGUGUGGAGCAAGGUCCGGCUGCAGCAGAGGAUCCUCGAGCUCGGCUACAACUUCCUCUUCACGGAUGUGGACAUCAUGUGGUUCCGCAACCCAUUCGAGCGGAUGUCGGUGGCGGCACACAUGGUGACCUCGUCGGACUUCUACUUCGGGGACCCGUACAGCCCCGUGAACGCCCCGAACACGGGGUUCCUGUACGUGAGGUCGAGCGCGCUCAUGGUGGGCGUCUUCGAGGCGUGGCGGGCGGCGAGGCUGUCCUUCCCGGGGAAGCACGAGCAGCAGGUGUUCAACGAGAUCAAGUUCGAGCUGGUCGACAAGCGCGGGCUCCGGGUGCAGUUCCUCGACACGGUGCACAACGCCGGGUUCUGCAACAACACCCGGGACUUCAACACGCUCUACACCAUGCACGCCAACUGCUGCGUCGGCCUCGCCGCCAAGCUCCAUGACCUCGGGAACCUGAUGAAGGAGUGGCGCGUGUAUAGGGGGAUGGACGACGCACAGCGCCGGCGCGGCCCCGUGCGGUGGAAGGUCCCUGGGAUAUGCAUCCACUGA